GUACUUUGCUCCCUGCCAAUCGUGUAAGGAGGAAUAAGUUGCGCUUUGAAUUUUAACAAGUGUAGGACAAAUCAAGGAGUAGGUUGGUUAGAGGUGUGGUCGCUGACAACGCCCACGGAUGUGUCAACGUGACCCUAAAGUUUCUAUUUUGGGCUGAUUGAGAAUACACAAUAGUACGCGGUGGUCUUUGCGUCAGGCGGCGCGCUCGCUCACUCUGCGCAUUUCUGGACAGGUUCAGUCGUGAGCGCGGAAACGGAACAUCAAGAGUCUCAGCGAGGAAGCAAACUGAUUCUUCAGAUUAUCAUCACUCCUUGAGACCUACACGAGCACAUUCGCAUCAGAUUCUCACUCUUCGACAUCCAGUUAGGAGCACAAACGUUUACUGUCCACACUUAUAUCAAGCCAAAGGGGCAGUUUUUGUUUCCUCCAUUCUGCCCUGCUCUCCUUUCACACCCUUAAUUGUCAGGAUCACCACAACACGGCACAACCAUGCCCAAGAGCAGUAAAGUGACUCAGCGUGAGCACAGUAAUGAGCAUGUCACGGAGUCUGUGGCUGACCUCCUGGCACUGGAGGCUCCCAUGGACUACAAGAGCAGUCAGAUGAGCAUGAACAUGGCAGGAGGUGGCCCUCCACCCAUAGGCAAACCAGACAUCUCCCCUGACCUAGAAGACGGACGCCCUGCUUGGAACAGUAAGCUACAGUACAUCCUGGCCCAGGUGGGCUUCUCAGUGGGACUGGGUAACGUGUGGCGUUUCCCUUAUCUUUGCCAGAAGAAUGGAGGAGGUGCCUACCUUGUUCCAUACUUCAUCCUUCUUAUCCUUAUUGGCAUCCCACUCUUCUUCUUGGAGCUGGCGGUUGGCCAGAGGAUCCGUCGAGGGAGCAUAGGAGUCUGGAAUUAUGUUUGUCCACGACUCGGUGGCAUUGGAGUGUCCAGCCUGAUGGUGUGUGGUUUUGUGGGUCUGUACUAUAAUGUGAUUAUCGGCUGGAGCAUCUUCUACUUUUUUCAGUCGUUUCAGUAUCCUUUGCCCUGGAGCGAGUGCCCCAUCAGGAGGAACGGCAGCCAAGCCAUUGUGGAGCCUGAGUGUGAGAAGAGCUCAGCAACCACGUACUUCUGGUACCGCGAGACCCUGAACAUCACCAGCACAAUCGCAGACAGCGGGGGUCUGAACUGGAGGAUGACUCUGUCGCUUCUGGCUGCCUGGAUAAUUGUCUGCCUGGCUGUAAUAAAAGGCAUUCAGUCUUCUGGGAAGGUGAUGUACUUCAGCUCUCUAUUUCCAUACGUGGUGCUCUUUUGCUUCCUGGUGAGAGGGAUGUUUCUUAAAGGAGCUGUUGACGGCAUUGCUCACAUGUUCACACCAAAGCUGGAGAUCAUGUUGGAGCCGCAGGUGUGGCGUGAAGCUGCCACUCAAGUCUUCUUUGCUCUUGGUCUGGGUUUCGGUGGAGUCAUCGCGUUUUCCAGCUACAAUAAGAGAGACAACAACUGCCAUUUUGAUGCCGUGCUGGUCUCCGUCAUCAACUUCGUGACCUCUAUACUGGCCACACUCGUGGUGUUUGCUGUGCUGGGUUUCAAAGCCAACGUCAUGAACGAGAAAUGUGUGGUGGAGAAUGCCGAGAAGAUUCUGGGCUACUUGAACUCAAAUGUGCUGAGUCAGGAUCUCAUCCCCCCUCAUGUGAACUUCUCCCACCUCACCACGUCAGACUAUGGCGAGAUGUACGGCAUAAUAAAGAUUGUGAAAGAGGACAGUUUUGCGCAGCUGGGGCUGCAGCCGUGUCUGUUGGAGGAUGAGCUCAAUAAGGCUGUUCAAGGCACCGGUCUGGCUUUUAUUGCCUUCACUGAGGCCAUGACCCAUUUUCCUGCUUCUCCCUUCUGGUCUGUGAUGUUUUUCUUCAUGCUGAUAAACCUGGGCCUGGGUAGCAUGAUUGGCACCAUGACUGGCAUCACCACACCCAUUCUGGAUACUUUCAAAAUUCGGAAAGAGAUCCUCACAGUGGGCUGCUGUAUUGUGGCUUUUUUUUGCGGCUUGCUGUUUGUCCAGCGUUCAGGGAACUACUUCGUUACCAUGUUUGAUGACUAUUCUGCUGGUCUGCCCCUCACCCUUGUGGUGAUCCUGGAGAAUAUAUCUGUAGCUUGGAUCUAUGGUACCAAGAGGUUCAUGCAGGAUCUGGAAGACAUGCUGGGUUUCAGACCAUACUCGGUUUACUUCUACCUGUGGAAGUAUGUGUCUCCGGUGUGUCUGCUCGUACUGAUUUCUGCCAGUGUGGUAGAUAUGGCCAUCAGCCCUCCGGGAUACAAUGCUUGGGUGCAAGACCUGGCCACGGAGAGGUUUCAGAGUUAUCCUACCUGGGCACUAGUCAUGUGUUUUGCUCUGAUCAUUGUGGCCAUGCUUCCUCUUCCGUUGGUCUUUAUUGCCCGUCACUUCAACUGGCUCCCAGACGGCUCCAACAAGCUGUCCGUCUCCUACCGCAAGAGCCUGGCAAAGGAGGCUUCCACCCUGGAAGAUGAGACAAGGUUCAUCCUUGGGAAGAACCCCAGCGAAGCCCCUUCUCCCAUGCCCAGCCACAGGGCCUAUCUGGGCCCUGGCAGCACCUCUCCUGUGGAGCUCAUCACCAACUCUACCUCCAUCAGCGGAUAUGGCAGUGGUUACCAGACUAACCCCGCCCCUCCCAAAUCUGAGUCAUGAUCCUCCAACCCACCAACCAGAGACAAGACGGAAAGAGAAAGAAGAUGCUGAACAGAUGAGAAGGUCCUAGCGUUGGUCACACCUUAACCUAAGCCAUCCAAAGGAGCAGGACCACAAGAAAACAGACAGAAAGAAAGAUCCUUCCUAGACACGUUCCCCAUGGCCCAAUUAUUCAUGCAGACUACAGAUGUUGGUCUGAAGGUGAAAGAGAGCCUGAAGCUUUCAGAUCAAAAUGUAAGAUGGCUUAUUUGUUGAGUUGGUAAGUUUUUUUUUUUGCAUACAUGUAAAUAUGUCCACUCUAAGAAGGUUGAAGCAUUCAAGCUUCAGGUCUGGUCUCUGUGACCGGUUUGGGGUCAUAGGGAUGGUGAGAGCUGAGCUGAUAGUUGUCGCUCAGGUUAAGGUGUUACCAAUGCUGUUAAAAUCUAGACAUCUUACAAAAUGUGCAAGAAAUUUCAUUUAAACUCCUCUUUAGAGCUCAUAAAGGGACACGACUCAGAGGGGCUCCGAGAAACUAAAGCUUUCACUUCUUAUAAUGAGCCCUCUACUGGAUAUUAUGUAAGUGUCACUGUUAAAUACAGACCACCUGAGAGUAGAGUGAAUUGAUAGCUUGAUUUCUGUUACUUCAACAGUACAUCAACAGUCAUGUCCACAUCUCAGCACAAGAGGGCGACAUAUGUAUUCAUACACAACGCACAUAUACAUGUAGUCUCAGUGCAGUCUCAAAUAUAUACAGUAUAAUUGUCAGGUUCAGGCUGUCUUUGCUACUGGAUUUAAGUUAAAUUUUUGGAAAGUUUUACCUAGAUGUUUUUAUUUUUUAUAAUCAAAACAAAUGUGACUGCCUAAUGAGAGGUGAUUUCCACACAGCACAAGAAAUGACAUUUUCAGGAUGCAACAAAGGGUGGCGUUUGAGCCAAGUUAACUCCACCAAGCACAAUAACUAGAUUUGAAUAAAUUACACAUUAUUUAAAUGGAAUAAAUAUUUUGUAAUUUUCAUUUCAGAAGUGGCAAUAAUAAUAAUGAAAGAGUGGCAUUUCCUGCCGUUGUGAGGCUUGCAUUAAAGCCCAGUUCUAAAGCGGUGGAGAAAUCUGCAUUUGCUGUUAUUAACUUCUGUUUUCAUACUUUAACUAUUUUAGGCCCAUAUAAUUAUUUAAAGUUAUAUUUAUAAUGAAUACAGUGAGCUAUAUAUUAUGAGGUCAUUUGUGUGUAUCUGAUAUUUUAAGACUUUUUUGGGGGAGGGAGAAACAUUUCAACAAAAUGCCACACAAAUGACCUCUUAAAUUACAAACACUGCGAAGAUUAUUAUUUUAUUAACAAAUAGUUAUAUAUAAACACACUAUCAGUCUAAAGUUUGUGGUUAGUACUAUUAAGAAGUGAAUUAUUUUAUUUAGGAAGGAUGCAUUAAAUAGAUCUAAAGUGUCAGUAAAUACAUUAAAAUAGAUUGCAAAAUGUAAUAUUUUACAGUAUUACAGUUUUUUUCUUGCAUUUGUCAAAUAAUGCAGCAUUGGUAAGCAUUGGAGACUUUCAAAAACAUAAAACAAAUUCUGACCCCAAACUUUUGAAUGAUAGCUUGUGUGAUAUUUUUGGAGUCUUCUUUCUUUUUUUCUCUCUAAAAAAUAUAGUACACAAAAACAGGCCAUACAUAUACAGUAUGUCUGAAAUAUGUUUUUAGAUUGCUGUAAAUCAACUUGAUGUGGAAAAGCAGUUGAGUGUCUUUAUAAGGUAACAUUUUGAGCUGGAAGAAGAGGACCAGUUUUCUUGAGGAACCAAAGUAUAGUAAUGUAGUAAAGUAAUGUGUAGUCCCUUUAUAUAGCCUAAUGUGAUUGAGAACUGCUGCCCUUAAAAUUCACUGCCUAAUAAUCUGUAAGCCUAAUCAUGCUCUCUGUUUUAGUUUGCUGUAUGUGUUCAUAAUAGAUACACUUGUUCUAAUGAAAGGGAUUCAUUUUCAGUAUUUAUUCCAGUAAGAAUAGAUUCUGGAAGCUGAAGAAGGCUGGAGAGUUGAGGGGAAAGUGUGAAAGCGAGUGGGACAGGAGUUGUUGGUCUUAUUAAAACCCUGAUGAGUACAGCAGCAAAGCUUUUGAUCAUCCAGCUGCUUGUAGCUUUUGAGUUUUUCAUAAAGGCUGCUGAGGUAAAAAUAGACACGGACUAGACUGGUUACCCAGGGGAACCUGUGUCAGAAACAGCACGGCUGCAUGUUAAUGAGUCCUCCUUGGGUGUGUGUGUGUGUGUGUGUUGAGGAGGGGUUUCAAGAUGUUCCUGUAAUGCCCUUGUUGUAUCCCUAGCAACCACUGCAUUUCACAGCAACAAUGGGGAAAUAAUUUAAAGGGACAGCUGACCUAAAAACGGUUCUUUCUGUCUGUCAUCAUUUACUCAUUGUUGCUCCAAACCCAUGUGACUCUCUUGCUUCUAUGGAGCAUAACAUAUUAAUUUACUUAAUAAUAUAUUGGUUGUUUUUUUCUAACCAAUGAAAGUGAGCAGGGAUUGGGACUGUCAAGCUUUAAAAAAGCUUCUUUAGCCAUAUUAUAGCUUUGUGAAAGAAAUGUAAGUAAUUAUUCACAACAACAGUUUUUGCCUCCAUUGUAGUGCGUCAUUCAAAUGUGUUGUUUUGGAGUUUGACAGCUCCAGUCCCCAUUCACUUCCAUUGUUCAUUUUGAUAUUUCCCUACAUUCUUUGAAACUUCUUUUGUGUUUCACAUUUCGAAACAGACACAUGGGUUUAAAACAAAAUGAGUAAGUCAAUGAUGAUUAAUGAGUUUUCAUUUUUGGAUGGGUUUUGCCUGAAUUAAGAUAGAUUGUGAACGCUAUUUACUGAAAGAAACUCAGAAAUAGCCUACAUGAAGCCCUCUAGACAAGAAUUGUGCCCUUAACAAGAUGAGUUGAUAUUUCGAUGAUAUCACAUUGAUUCAUAUAUCAGGACCGAUAGAUUAAAUUUUUACUUGCACAAUUUGUUUGUUGUAGUGUAGUUGUCCAGUGUAUGUGGUAAAAAUCAAUAACGUUAAUGUUGCUCCUGCAAUAGCACAAGAUUGUCCACAAGGUGUCGCUGUUUGCCGUUGAUUAGUGUGAUGAAGGCGUGUCUAUGUGCCCCGUCGAUGAGAACAGCUGUUGCCUCUCAUUAACGCUUAUACUCUAAUGGUUAGUGUUAAACAUAUAUUGUUUGUUUUGUUGUUGAUUACUUGUGGCAGUUUUGGGUUUGUGCACUUUACUUUCUCCUAGACAAGAGGCCCCAGAGCUGCAUCUCACAAGCACAAAACGACACUUGGAUUGUUUAAACUACACUGACAGAUGCAACUUCAGCUCGGGUAUUGGCAGUCAAGUGAAAUUUGAAUUUGUGACCCCUCACACUGAAAUAAAAAUAUUUUAAAAAUCUAGUCACAACAGCUCAUAUUCAAACUGAAAUCCCCCCAAAAUUGUUCCUAGUUUUUAUAACAACAAGUUACUAACAAAACCGACAUAGAAAAGAUCUGUCCAAUUAAAUCUCCUCCUUGGGCAGCUUGAAUAUUAUAUUGUACAACAGGGGGUCUAUGACCCCUAGAAGGUCCACAACAGAACAGCAGGCCAAUUAUAUAUUUUUGCAAAAAUAUGCAUUAAACAAAAAUGCAAUAUUAAGUUAACUUUAACCAAAGUCAAAGCUAAGAAACUAAAGUUCAGAUAAAUGAUCCAUUCUCCCACAUUACAUACAUUGUUAGCAUUUCAAAUCAAGAUUAAAAACAAACAAAUCUUUUAAUAGUUGAUACACAAAUGUAUUUAUGUCAAUUUAUAAAUAUUCUUAUUUAUUGUCAGAUAAUGCAUUAGCGAAUUUUAACCAAAACUAGGAUUAACAUUAAAUGAGGUAUUUAUGAUUUUAUGCAUCAUUUCACGUAAUUAAAUAAGGAUCCAUAUGUAUUUUAUUUUUUAUAUCAAGGUUACACUUUUUUAUGAGUCUUAGUUAAGAAUCAAAACUACAAAAAUAAAAAAAUGAACUGGCUCUAGCUGAUAUUCAUUGCUCUUUCAUAACCAUCUGCACUCCCAGACUGAGGUCAGUGAACCUUCUGACCUUCCUCUUUAUAUCUCAGAAACGGUCAGAUAUAUUACAUAGCCUAAGUCAAUGUUUUCCUAUGACAAUACCCCUGAACACAACAGUAUUUGAAAAGACAAUAUAAAUGAAUGAACAGAGCACAAAUAACCAAUCAAGGCACAAGCAUAAACAAAAGCAAACAUGCUUAAAAGUACACUUUUAUCAAAAGUACAAUUCAUUUUUUCUAAAUGUUUUAGGGACUCGAGUGCACCUUUAAAAGGCUGCAUUAGCACAAAGCCAAGCACAACAUUCAACACAUGAUCUGAACAUGCAUUACAGUGCAUUAUGUACACGCAUUAAAAUGCUUACUCUAACUUUUUUGGUUAGGAAGCAAUAAUCAUAUCACUCAUAUCAUUUAUACUCCGCAGAGAUGGUAAGCGUAUGCCUCUCUCUCUCUAUAUAAUGGUCACAGAUAGUGGUUACAGAUUACAGUUGUACAUCCUGCUGUGAUGACAUGCAGCAGGAAUUCAUUAAUACAUAAUCGCAAAUGCUCUCGGUUCAAAUGGCAUGUGUUCACUACAAUCUUUACAGAUAUUGAUCGGACUCAACUACUGAGAUUAAUCCAUUAAAUGUCUUAGACAAUCUGGUAUUACAUGGCACAUUCUUAUCUUUCUGAAGCACAGACACAACUGCACUUUUAUUUUGCCCUUUAUUUCGCAGCUCUGAGACCUCUUGAAACAAAACUAGCUCUAGCGUAAACGUUGAGCCAUAUUUAAGUUGACUACAACUGAAGAAAUGUACAAGCAUCUCUUUCUUUUCCAAGAGGUGCUGGAGGCCAUAAUGUUUGUGAGCAAAGUGCUAUACUGUAUAUUUAUGUACAUUGUGAUUCUGAAUAUUAUAUCUGUAAAUAUCGGUGUACAUUUUGUUAAACGAACGGUAAGAAAUCUAUGAAAGGCAAACAGGUGAAUUCUUGCAACACUGCUGUGUAUGAUAUUGUUGUACAGUUAAAGCGUAGAAUAUUUAACUAUUUUGUACAUUGUGUAAUAGUGUACUGUAUCUGUUGUGUAUGAGGGUAGUGUCUGUUGUAUCAAGUGUGUGUGUGUGUGUGUAAAAAAAACAAAGCUGUUUUAUUUUUGCUAUUUUGAUGUCGUGAGUCUCUUACCUCCCUUAAUUCACCUCCAGCUGUGAGUUUUGGUUCCUCUGUGAACAUGACUCGAUCAUUUGUGUGUUCACGCCGCAACGAUUGUUGGUUAGUGCACUGAACUGAAAUUCACUUUUACGCUUUUAAUGUAAAUGUUGUUUUAUUAUCUGAUGUGGACGUCAGCUUAUCAGCACCUUCUGUACUGUACGCUCCUCUGGCCUUAGUAUCCGCAGUUUUUUUUGUUUGCUGCUUCUAGAUUUCGUCAAAAUGUUCAAGCACUUUUUACGUUUAGUCCGACUAUAUUCAGCUCAAUCAUUAUUAGUAGUGUUAGAUUAUGUAAGGCACACCCAGCUGGGACAUUUCCGCACUUUGUGUCUCAAACAUAUAUGAGCACUAAAGAGGAAAGUCAAAAAUAGAGUACUUUGCACUCUGGAAGUGCGCCUGUAAUCAUUAGAAUUAUACUUGAUGUGAAUGUAAACAUAUUUUUAAUCCCCCAAAGUACUGUGAGUUUAGUAAGAAGGACACAGAUGAAAUGUGUACUAUUACCCUCCAGUCUACACUUGUGUACUGUGCUAGUCUUAGAUUUAUAAGCAAUAUUUCUGCAGGCAUUUCAUUUGGUUGGAUGUUGGUGGGAUGGUCUGUGAGGCCACAGGAAGUUACUGUUACUCUGAGAGUAGCGGCGUUGGAGGGCUUCACUGCUAAAGAAGAGCAAUGCUCUUAAAACUUCAGUCAAACCCUAUUCUGUUGGGUGAUUGCACAUUCAGAUCACUAGCCACAGUAUACUGUUAGCUAUACAAGGACUAUUUUAAUGUCUCAGUGUCAUUGAUAUUGUACAGUAUUUCCGAUUCACUUUGGAAAACGCUGAGUUAUGAAUAUUAAAUAUGGACCAUCGUAAAAACGAACAAUAAAAAGUUGGUUCUCACGCUGAAA